GUUGUAAGUAGUUUGUCUAAAGGUCUGCUAGUGCAUAAAGUUCCCAUUGAAACAAUCGCACGGGGAAUACGCUAGCUUUUCACUCGGUCCGAUUCGCUCGAUAUGACCCCGACAUCUUGGGCCACCAGGGCGAUCUGCUUCUUUUUGGAAUUGCAUGAAUGAUACCGCAACGGUUUUACGUGUUCUAGUUUUUCUCUCCAGCAAGAAAAUUUCUCUCCAGCACGAAAAUCUAUAGAAAGAAAGCCUCUCCCUCGAUUUUCGUCAUCAAAAAUCUCCAGGCCACACAAACAGAAAUUCAAAGUAUCAAUUCAUAAAUCAAUCUCUUUUAUUCAUCAUGGAGAAAGUCGAAACAUGCCUCGUAGAUAUCGAGCGCAAGCUUGGGAAAGUCAUGAAGAUCUCAGAAAAAGGACCAGACAAGAUGAAGAUCAAGGAUAUGGUCAAAAUGGUCACCAAAGGAAACUCCAUCAUCAAGACAAACGAUAAAAUGAUGAAAGAAUACAGGGUAAACUUCCUCUCUUCGUGUCACCUAAGUUUAUGUUUCCUUAAAUCGAGAAAAAAAACACUGACACUCCUUGUAGGCCUUGACCCCAAGCGAGACCCAGAAUCAAACCAUUGUAAACCACAUGAAGAAGAUUCUCGAGCUUCAAGAAAAGCAAAUGCAAGAUGCCAUCAACAACAAGCCUCAUUUCGACAAGAUCCACGCUGCAGGAAUGGUCAAGAAGAACUUGAAGAAGAAUGAACCACAAGGUGAUGCACUUAGUGAUUUGUUGAUCGAGAAGUCUUCGCCUUUCCCCAGCCAGAAGUCGGAAGCUAUGGCAAUGAAGGCUAGAAGCAAGAAGAGCUUCAAUGAUGUUAUGAAGGUUUAUGAGGGUGCCACUGGUGGUGAGGAUCAGGUAACUGAGGCUGUUGAUGAUUCGGACUAAAAGGGAGAGGAGAUGGGAUCUUGGUGCAGUCAUAUCCAAUGGUGUACGUAGAAAAAAGCUCUCUGAGGAAACUCAAUAUCUAGGUAUUGAAAACAAUCUUCAUUGGUCCUAG